AUGAUGCCCCCCGCCCUUCCGUCGCGGCUGGAGAACUUUGUGCGGGCGGAGUUCGAGGACACCUGCCGCCGCCGCUUCUUCUUUGGGCUGGCCUUCGACCCCUACGGCGGGGCGGCGGGGCUCUACGACAUGGGCCCGCCGCUCUGCGCGAUGAAGGCGAACCUGCUCGCCCACUGGCGCCAGCACUUUGUGCUGGCGGAGAACAUGUGCGAGGUGGACACCACGUGCCUGACGCCGGAGGAGGUGUUUAAGGCCUCCGGCCACGUCACGCGCUUCAACGACGUCAUGGUGCGGGACACCGUCACGGGCGAGUGCAUCCGCGCCGACAAGCUGCUCGAGGAGUACUGCGAGGCGCAGCUGCGGGAGGCGCCGGCGGGCGCACGCGCCGACGCCGACGCCGAGCAGCGGCGGCAGGAGCUGCUGACGCUCCGCAACGCGGCGGCGGGCAUGACCCCGGCGGAGAUCCAGGCGGCGGUGGCGCGGCACGGGGUCGCCUCGCCGAAGGGCCACCCCCUCAGCGAGCCGUUUCCCUUCAACCUCAUGUUCGCCACGAGCAUCGGGCCGGAGGGGGACCGGGUGGGCUUCCUGCGCCCGGAGCUCGCCCAGGGCAUCAUCCUCAACUUCAAGCGCCUACUUGACUCCGGCAACGCGCAGCGCGUGCCCUUCGCGGCGGCCUGCAUCGGCGCCGCCUUCCGCAACGAGAUCGCCCCCCGCGCCGCCCUCCUGCGGGUCCGCGAGUUCACCCUGGCGGAGAUCGAGCACUUCGUCAACCCCGACGACAAGCGCCACGAGCGGUUCGCCGCCGUCAGGGACACCGAGUUCUGGGCGUGGUCGCGGGAACUGCAGGCGGCCAACGCGGAGCCGGUCCGCAUGACCGUCGGCGACGCCGUGGCAGGCGGGGUCAUCGACAACGAGACGCUCGGCUACUUCAUCGCCCGCACCGCCCACUUCCUCGCGGCUGUCGGGGUGCGCCUCGUCCGCUUCCGCCAGCACCAGCGCAACGAAAUGGCGCACUACGCCCAGGACUGCUGGGACGCCGAGCUGCUCACCUCCUACGGCUGGGUGGAGUGCGUGGGCAUCGCCGACCGCUCCGCCUACGACCUCACGCAGCACAGCGCGGCGAGCAAGAAGGACCUGUUCGCCCGCGAGGAGUUCGCCGAGCCGCGCAGCGAGCGCCAGCUGCAGCGGAGGCUGCAAAAGGGCGCCAUCGGCAAGGCCUUCGGCAGGAACGCCGGGGAGGUGAUGGCGUACCUGACGGCCGCGCCAGAGGCGGACUGCGUCGAGCUCGGCGAGCGACUGGCGGCCGCGGGCGGCGCGGAGAUCACGACGGCGUCCGGCUUCACCGCGACGCUGCGGCCGGAGAUGGUGCAGUUCGAGCACAAGACGGUGAAGGUGACGGGGCGGAACUACAUCCCCAGCGUGAUUGAGCCCUCCUUCGGCGUCGGCCGCAUCCUCUACGCGCUGCUCGAGCAGAGCUACUGGGUGCGCCGCGACGAGAGCGCCAAGAACGAGAAGCGCGCCGUCUUCAGCCUGCCGCCGGUGAUCGCGCCGCAGAAGGUGGCGGUGCUCCCGCUGCUCGUGAAGCCGGAGCUGACGACGGCGGUGGAGGCGAUCCGCGCGGAGAUGGUGCUGCGCGGCCUCUCCACCCGCACCGACGACAGCGGGGCCUCGAUCGGGAAGAAGUACGCCCGCGUGGACGAGCUCGGCAUCCCCUUCUGCGUGACCUGCGACUUCGAGGCGGACGGCUGCGUCACGCUGCGGGAGCGCGACAGCGCCCGGCAGGUGCGCGUCCCGCGCGCGGAGGUCGCCGACGUCGUCGCGGCGCUGAGCCGCCCGCUGCAGCCGCGCGAGUGGCGCAGCGUCGAGGCGGAGUUCCCCGCCCAGGCAGCCGCCGCAGCCGCCGCGUAG